AUGAGCCAACAGUACGGUCGCUCGGACUACGGUCAUGGAGGACUCUCAUCGCCAGGGUUUCAAUCACCAGCUCCUGACUAUGCUACCCCACCGCCAGGACACUACCCAGACUAUGGCUUCAACUCGCCCCCAGGAUACGGUCAGCACAACGUAGGAGAGCAGUACCCGUCGGGUUGGAUCAGCCCUGGGCCCCAACAUGGCCAUAUGAGUAUGAUGAGCAAUGUCAGUGGGUUGUCGCAGCAACAGAUCGACCAAUCAAAGCAUGCACAGAUGAACGGGCAACCUGCCGUAGCAGAGUUGCACAGUCCACCGCUGGAGCAACAGUCUUUCUCGGCAGAAUUGGACGCAUCUGGGCGCAAUAAGCCAAAAUGA